AUUUUGCAAUUUUUUUGAAAAUAAAAAUAAAACAAUUUUUAUGCAAAGCUUUUAAAAUAUAUAAUGUCUUGUAAUACGUGUGCUAAGUCUUUCUCUAUUUUACGGCAAGAGAAAGGAUGUCCAGGUUGUGGCUUCAGCUAUUGUUCUAAAUGUUUAAGUUACAAGAUUUUUCUAAAGAAAAUAAAUUCAGAAGCAAAGGUUUGUGUUAAAUGCAAAAGAAAGGCGGAAGAAGGCGAGACAAGUACAGUAACCCCACCAGAUGCAUACUAUAAGAGAGUCGGUGCCUUAGAUUCAGAUUUUAACACUAAAGAUAAAAGCUUAGACCCUCAAGACCAACAAAUACUGGAAAGACUUCAAAAAUUAAAAGCAAAACCUCCAAUUCCAACCUCAACAGUAACUGUUGGUGAUAUUGAAAGUAGAUUACAAAAACUAAAAGGUGAUGUACCUGUAGUAUCUGAUAGCGAGUUACAAGAAAGACUCGCCAACAUUAAGGGACUUCCUGUGACUGCUCUUCAGAGCAAGCCUGUUGUUCUAACAACAGAUAAAAGGACAGAACAGGAACAAAUAGAUGAUCUUCUCAAGCGAUACUCAGAACAGGCAAAUAUAGACUCCAAGUAUACUGAAGAGUUUGAUGGGGUCAUAACUGACAUAGAGUUUAGGCUGCAGAAACUAAAAGGAGCCUCAACAUCUGGCACACAGCAGGAACCAACUCCAACAGCUAAAGAAGAUUCAGACUUGGAAGAUGACGAAGCUUAUGCUAAGAAAAUAAUUGAAAAGCUUAAAUCGGAAGCACUAGCUGAGAAGGAAGAUGAGGAUUUCACCGUCAAGGAGUUGCCAUUCUGUGAACUUUGCAAUGAGGAUGCUAAAAUGCGGUGUAGAGGCUGCAAAUAUCUGUUCUGCAAAGUCUGCUUCAUGGAGCACAGAGAUGAUGAUGAUGGUUGCAAUAGUUAUGAUUUGUAUACACCUUCGUAAAUGCUUAUACAUUAACAAAUACUACUACAAU